AGUUAUUGACGAGAUUUACUGUUGAACGGACUGAAACUUACAAGAGGAACUAGCAAAUAAAUAAAGUAUCAAUAAAUUUAACAUAAAGUGACAUAAAGAGACCAAAAUGAAAUUCAACUACUUUUUCAUCCUUUUAAUUUCAUCGUUCAUUAUAAUUGCCAAUUGUGGUAUUCUUGAUUUCAUUUCACUUGACGACGAAGACGAUGCACCACAAAAGCGUGAUCGUGAGAAUGAUUGCGUGUGCUUAAAAGGAAAUGCUGAGGGAAAUAACUGCGUUUGCUGUUUGGACUUCCAAUUCUCUGAUAGUUUCCGACUUGACCCAGCAUGUGUUAAGAUCAGAUAUGUCUCACAAUCCGAAGGUGUUCAUAUGAAUCUUACAUUAGGAAAGUCAUACUCAAAAGCAGCAACAAUCAAGACUGACAAACCAGAAGAACCCGUCUGCUUAUCAAUGUUGGGAGGAGUUGCUAAAAUGUGCUCAAAAUUCAAUGGAUUAAUUCCAAGUUCAAAUAACGGUCUUGUUGGAUGUCUCACAAUGCAACCAAAAAUAUUCGGUGAAUCUCCAGUGACUUUUGAUUUUCCAUGCUUUGAUUUGAAUCAACAAGAAAUCCGAAUGAUUGAAGGACCUAAGAAGACUGAAGAGGAAGAAAAGGAUGAAACUAAUGAAACUGAUACACCAGAACCAACUGAAGAGGACGAGACAAUUGGUGGUAUUAGAGUCGGUGAUAUCCUUAGUGUCGUUAGCAGAACAGCUGAUCAAGGUAUCAAAAUUAUCACAGAAUUCUUAGGACUUGGUGAUGACGAGAAGAAGCCAGCAGCUGUAGAAAGCAAAACAGCUCCUGAAGACACAAAGAAUGAGACCAAAAAGACAUAAGGCGGAUCUGGAAGUCCACAAAAACUAUAUGCACUUCCGUUUAUCAUAAAAUUAAUUUUAAUGCUUUAUUUAUUUUUAAAUUUUA